AUCGAUAAGGCAAGUCAAGCAUUAACACGAAGAGUUCCCCCUGAUGUAUCCAAAUUGUAUCGAGCCUUAGCAGACCACAGCGGGGUCCCUCGCGCUACCAUCCACCAUCAUGCGAACAGUCGGCGCUCAAUAGAAGAGAAGGCUCUGAAGCAAAAGUAUCUUCACCUAUAG